CACCAACCCACCACUUCUUCCACUCUUUCAAGAGUCAUUUCAAGUCAUGUCUUCUUCCAUCGGUCUCUUUCCAACAUGACCUCCAUCCACAACAUCUUCUUUGGUCAUCAACAUCAUCCACCUUCACUUAAGCUUCAUGCUUAUGUCAACAUCCAACCUUCACUUGACCAACAUGGAACCAACCAAGCUUGACUUCAACCACCAUCAAUGCUUGAUCAGCCUUUCAGCUUCAGUCAUUUGUCGACCUCAAUGAACAUCAUCAUGAUGUAUCAUCACCUUCACUUCAUGUGAUCAUCCACUACCAACCAUACCAUCUACCACCACAACCAACCUCGAUCAUGCUUGAACUUCAACAUGAAUCAUCAUCGACAUGACUUCAUAAGCUUGGCUUCUUCACCUCAUUCACACCAUCGCUCUCAACUUCAAGAUGUUCAUUUUUUCAGCGUUCUUGCUUCUUGCUUUUUUGUUUUCUUUUUUGUUCUUCUGUUCUGCUUCACUCAACCUAGAUGCUUGCCUGCCUCCUCGACUUCAAAAACACUCAACUUUCCGAUUCGACAUUUCCCGAUUUGCCGUUUUCCGAUCUGCCAAUUUUCGACUCGACUCCUUGUUGAAGCCAAUGUUCACUGCACCUCUUUCAGCGGCUUGCACUCUUCGUGACUGCUUGCUCAGGUCAAGAAUAGAGACAGUGUCAUUGGCUUGGACUUCACAUGAAUAUGGUCAUAUGUUCUGUGAUUUCCGGAUUGAACAGUUGACUGUGUGGAAUUUGAGCAGCAUAUUACACUCUGUGUUUUGUGUCUGUGGCCUAUCAACUGUUCAUAGCUGCCUCUUGCAUCUCUGUUUCAGUUUGAGCUUGAGCUAGCCUCGUUCAAAUCGUUACAUCUGUUACGCAGAUUGUUGAAUUGUGGACUCUCUAGCCGGUGACUGGGUUUCGAUUACCUAUAUGCUCGGUAUCUAUCGUGGUUGCCUGCUUAGGCCUUCAACAUAUGGGUAUCAUCAGGGUUGCCUGCUUAGGCCUUCGACAUGGUUAUUAUCAAUGGUGCCUGCUUAGGCUUUCGACAUCCAACAUCCAAUCAACCAACCAACCAAACAUCAACCACUACUCUUUCUCACUCAACUUUACAACAUCCAAUCCUCAACUUUCAACAUCCACUUUCAACAUCCAACUUUCAACUUCAACUUUCAACAUCCAACAUCAACAUCCAACAUCCAACAUCUAACAUCCAACAUCAACACAACAUCCCAGGCAAGCAUCAAGGUUUGAGUCAAGUAUUACAGCGAACAUUUUCAUCUUCAGAUAGCAAUCAAAACAAUAAACACCCUCUCAC